GUUUUUUUUUUCUAUGGAAAAAAGCACUAACUAAAACAACUCUCUUAUUAGAUUAUCUCCUUGUUUAUUCAAUCAUGUUCAAACGACUCAUUAUUUUAGAGUCAGACCGAAAUUCGCUUUGGAUUAAAAUUGUUGGCAUUGCUUUGAUUACCAUUCGAUUUGCAGAUUGGCCUUAUGAGCUUGCGUUUCAUUCGCUUCAGCAACAAUUGAUGUCACAAGAAGUUGAAUUUGGUUCAAACUGUCUUGCACAAUGGGGAACAGGUGUCAUUAUUUUAAAUUUCGUUGCUGAUUCGCUAGCAAAUAUAUUUCUUAGUGGCAUGUUUGUUCGAAGACUAUAUGUACAUAUCCGAAACUCUCGCUCCAUCAUGAGCCAUCGUAACCAAGUGAUUGAAUAUAUUGCACGAAAAUCCUUGAUUUGUUUGAUUUUAACCUUUGUUGUCAACCUAAUUAUGAAUUUAUUCAAGGUGACAAAAUUCAUUGGCAACCGAUCCGAUGCAUUUACAGUCUAUUUCGAGAUCAUUGAAUCCACACUGCUCGUGGAGGCUUUAAGAGUAGAUUACACACGUCUCCCUGAACAAUCCUUUUGUGAGCAUUGUGGUAUGGUCCUUCACAAUUCCCGAAACAGUAAUCGCAAACAACCAAGCGAUCAAACUCAUACAAUGCAUAUGCCCGCUCGAACAUUUGAUAGGGCUUCCAAUUACACUGAAUUACCCUAUCAUAGUAGAUCCAACGACCGUCAUGAGAAUAGUAGUCAUCAUGUACAUAUUCCCUCUACAGCGCCAAUGACAUCCGAUGUAUAGUUAAAGAAAAAAAAAAUCCCGGUGUACUUUUUUUUUUUCUUUUUUUUUAAAAAAAAAAAGAAUUCCAGCAGGCUGGGAAUGUAUCAAUUUUUUUUUCCUUUUAUACUAAAGCAUACCGCAUUAUUUUUCACUUUCUUCAUAUUUUAAUGUACUAUCUUUUUUUAUUAUUGUAUCUCUCACUCACUCCUUGUUUCUCACUAAAUGAGCAAAACCCCCUUUUGUUCAAUCUUAUUACUACUAUUACAAUCUAAAAAUUAACCUUUUAGCUCUCUCUCUCCUCCCCGGUCUCCCCCCCCCCUUCUUUUGUUUUACAUUAUAUAUAUAUAUAAAAAAAAAACGUUAAAAACAAUAAAUAAAUAG